GUCAAACUAACCGAGGAGUAAAAAAUAAUAAUGGUGUUUUUAUUCAAAAACAAACAUUUUUAAACCUCGCAAACUUAUUAACCGGCAAACGUAUCAAUUUCACAAUCAGUUAGAUAUGUAAGGCGUCCGAAAUCACCCUUUCCCAUCCGCGUUAUCCGUGCGAACGUUUCAUAUAUGACCAACCGCAAUUCCAGUUCGUUAUGGAGGAUAGUUUAAGCGUGAAAUCGAAUGAAUCAGUGGCAACGAGCGAAGAAUUCGACAUUAUCGGCGACGGCGAUAAACCCGCUAUCAGCAAAACGCCGACGCUGGAUUUUCGCAACGGCGAUUUGAACGAACUAACGAACGCUCUAACCGAGGUGUUGCAAGAGCCCGACGACACCGACGCCCCCGCGUCGAGCGCCAAACCGGAGAUGGAUGGCAAGAGAAUCGGCCAGAGCACGUUCUACAGUUGCCCCGUACAGCCGGGCAACGAUCCUUUGAGCCGGGAGCAGCCGCCGAAGAACGAAUCCUCCGGCUCCGAUGAGGACUGCAGCAAUGUAGAUCAAGACUGCACGAUAUUCUCCGGCGUUACUUACCUCGGCGCCGCCGCCAUUAACGCCCCCAAAUCCGAGGGCGAAAUACAGAGAAACAUUGCUAUAUUGAACGAACAAAGCGUCGAACAAGGGAUUAAAGUUGCUAUUUCCGUUCCGUCCUGCUCGCAAGGACUUGUAGUACUGUACGAUGCCACAACAAACUCGGUGAUAUCUCGCUAUGAAAUCCAUCGCAUAUUAUUCUACGCACGAGGCCCUGCGGACAGCCAGGAGGCCAGCUGUUUCGCGUUCACUUGGUCCCACGGGGACACCCAAGAAUCCGCCAUAUUUCAGUGCCAUGUGUUCAGAUGUGACAUAGCCGAAGCCGUGUCUCGCGUAUCGUCCUGCUUCGCCAAAGCUUUCCAGAGAGUGCCGAGAUCGAUGAGCAGCUCGGCGGCUUCCGUCGCCACGUCAGCGGACGUGAUGAGCGGCUCGAUGAACGCCUGCAGCAUCGAGGCGAGGAUCCUGCUGUACGUGUUCGAGGUCAACUUGGAGAUCAAAGAGGAGGACGGCAAGGGCGCCUUCUCGGCCGUGGGCAAGGACAGGAACGGGUUUCGAUUGAAGGCCAAUUUGGAGAAGCAGUUGUGCUUGAGCAUUCGACAGGUGUCCGACAACGGGCCGCAGUUGUUCAUCGAGCGGUGCUUCGGAGUGCUGGUGGCCGCCGGAAGGCACGUCAAGCACUCCGACAUGCAGCUGUUGGAAAUGACUGAACAAACGGCGUCGGGGACAUCGCACGAACGUAACUGCUCGGUGAUAUCGGCCAAUUGGGAUCCGGCAGAGGCGAUGUUCGAGCCCUUGAACACGGAUACGCCGAAGGAUUUCAAGCAAUACAUGACGGUAGCCGUGGAUUUGGUAAUUAGGGGUAUACAGGAGCCCGUUCGGUUCCUCAUCGAGACCCCCGUUAGGGUGUAUUCGCAGAACGAACGGAACUUUUGGUAUUUUCAAAGGAAGAGUUUGGUGCAACAGUUCUUCCUGAAUUUAAAAGAGGUCGUUUCCGAACUGAACGACGUCUACUACGAGGUGCUGAACAUGGAAACGUCGGGCGAAUUGGACAGGAACCUGUUGAACCUCAAUCUGAACUUGUCCAGUCUGAUCCAUUCGCCCAGCAUCACCUCCAUCGAUACCCUAACGCCCAAAGAGGACUAUGCAUCAGACGGCGACGAGCCGCUGCUCAGCGGCACCGGAUCCGUAUCGAAGGACUGCUCGGUGGACGUGCUCGAAAGCUGGGCCGACGUGCUGCAACGUUGGAAAUCGACGAAUUUCAAACAGCGACCCAAACAGCUGGCCGGUCUAGUCAAAUUGGGCGUACCCGAAGCGCUCAGAGGCGAAGUGUGGCAACGAUUGGCCGGCAUCGACGAAUCCACGCACAUGAUGGAGAACUACCGUCUGCUCAUCACCAAGGAAUCGGCUUGCGAGAAUGUGAUACAACGUGAUAUAGCCAGGACGUUUCCUGCGCACGAUUUCUUCAAGGAAGCAGGAGGAUUGGGACAGGAUUCGUUGUACAGGGUGAGCAAAGCGUACGCCGUUUACGAUUCGGAGGUGGGCUAUUGUCAGGGAUUGAGCUUUUUGGCGGCGACUCUACUUUUACACAUGCCCGAAGAACAAGCUUUCUGCAUAUUGGUGAAGCUGAUGUACGACUACAAAUUGAGGGAUUUGUACAAAGACGGCUUCGACAAUUUGUAUUUGAGAUUGUACCAGUUGAACAAGCUGAUGGAGGAGCAUUUGACGCCGUUGUGGGUGCAUUUCGGCGAUCAUCACAUCGAAACCCACAUGUUCGCAUCGCAGUGGUUCCUGACGUUGUUCACCGCCCGGUUUCCCUUGUAUUUCGUCUUUCACAUUAUAGAUAUAUUCCUGUUGCAAGGCAUCGAUACGCUCUUUCAGAUCGCCAUUGCUCUGUUAAUGAUGUGCAAAAAGGAUCUGCUGCAAUUAGACUUCGAAGGCAUCCUGAAAUAUUUCAGAGUAUCGUUGCCGAAGAAAUGCCGAUCCGAAGAGAACGCCAAGCAACUCAUCAAGCUGGCGUGCAGCAUUAAAGUGAAGAAACUGAAGAAAUACGAGGCGGAAUUCGUCGCUUUGAAAGACAGUUGGGAAAUUAUCAAUUUGGAUUCAGAGGCGGCCGAUCGCGCCGAGACGGACGCCAACGAGGUGGAGCGGCUGCGCCAGACGGUGGCCCGCUGCGACGAGGAGCGCAAGCUGAUGGCCGACGAGAUCGUCCAAUUGAAGGAGAUGCUCAAGCGCGAAGUGGGCCAGGCCGAGCGCGAGAAGACCGGCAACGCCGCCAUCGUCGACGAGUACAAAUCGAUCAGGCGACGGCUGGACGCCGAGCUCAGGCAGGCCAAGGCCGAGCUCGAUAAAUUGAAAGCGAACGUGGCGAAUUGCGAGAACUGUUCGCAGUACAUGAAUUCUAGUCCGAACAAGCGCCGGCAGGGCGACGAGGGCGCCAGCGAUCAGGAGAGAAUCAGAGAGCUGGAAUUGGAGCUGGCGCAAACGAAGCUCGCCCACGUCGAAGCCGAAUGUCGCAAUCAGAAUUUGACGCACCAAUUGCGCGCCGCCGAGACGGAGCUGGCGUCGGCGAAGAACAGCUGGCCGCCGUGGGUGAGCAAGACGCUGAAUUCGAUCAAGGAGGCGGCCAAGCAGCAAUCGAACAAUCCGACCAAUAGCGGCGGCGGCGGCGGCGCUUCGACGUUCGUGUCGCACAUAAGGCGCGAGAGCGCCCCCGCCCGGCGCGACGGCGUCCGCUCGAAGGACUCGGCGCGACGGGAAUCGAUGCCGGUCAUCAAGGAUUCGCAGAGCUGCAGCAGCUUGCACAGCCACAAUUGAUCCGUGUCGGUUCGUUUCGUCGAUACGUCACGUUAGUGUCAGCACAGAACAACUAUUUUUUUUUUGUCAUCUUUUCAUUUGGCCUCUUAUCGUGAGGACAUACAGCCAGGUUCUGUGUAGAACACUAGAAUUUGUAAAUUGUAACGACAACAUAUCCACUAACGUGAUGUAUACGAAAACUAUUUUAUUAGAGCGAACGGAUCAUAUUUUUUAAAGUUACCAAACUUAACGAGAAGCGAUGAGUAUUUGUUGUUUUUUUUUUCACGAUUAUUUCGUUUCCGAAUGUAACGGGAAGCAAUGUAAUGUAUUUUUUUUUCUAAUGUUUAUCCAACUUUCCGAAUCUCAUAUUUUUAUAUAUAAACAUUUACUCUCUAGUAAGCAGCUAUAGUUACAUAGCAAUGUAUUAUUGAUGAUAUGGGCCUCUUUCGGGUGGGUUAAUUGGCCUCUUACCUGUUAAGGUGCUAAGAGUAGUCAAAAUUUGUCCGAUAGUACUCACGAUUUGGUAUUAUUUGAAUUAUGGAAGAUAUUUUGUGUACUUUUAAACAGUCUAGAAAUUAGCAUAGUGCCUUGCGUAAUUUUGAGUUUAUUCGAGCUAGUUUGAAUUUGUUAACACCGUACGAAACGUUUCUAGAUUGUUUGCAAUCGAUUACUAUUUCAUAAUUAUUUAAGGAGUUAAUAUACUUUUUUAUUCACUUAAGAUUUUCGUAGGUGUAUUUAAAGUUUUAUGUUCUUAAGUUCCUUACGUUUUAAUGCUUAUGAGACUUUAUUUGCCGAAUUUGGACUCUUUUGCUUUGUUUUGUACGAGAUGUUUGGAAAAAUGGCGAUUUUGGAAUUUCCUUUCGUUUAAUUAGUAUGUGAGCAGUGCGUGGAUAAAUUUACAACGAUAUCAGAUUGUAUUUUAGACGAAUUUAUCCACUUUAUGACCGAAAGCCUGGCUUUUGUAAAAAGAACUUUGCAGCCAUAACUAUUUUUUAGUGAUAAUAGUCGUGAUAGAUAAAUUUUAAGUUGUUUUAUUUUAUUAUUACUUAUUUAUGAUUAUGUAUCGUUGUUUUCACUAAGGAAAUAUAUGCACCAAUUUUUAAUUCUC